AUGGCGCUGUUAGUCGACAAAAGGACGGCAACACUCGAGGAGUUCUCAGAUUUCGAGGAUCUUCUCAGUACGGUACCUCAAAAACGUAUCGACCACACUCCUCCGAGCUGGCCUCGACUCGGAGUCGCGGGAGCGGAUGAGCUAGUCCAGUCACUCGAGAGACUUUCGAUAGUGCAGAAGGCGGUGGAGGACGAAACUGCGAUGGGACUUAUGUGA